AAAGCUGGUACAGACGUCGGCUCGUGCGCUUUUCCCGUGCCGAGUUUCAUUCAUAGCGUGAAGUGCGUGGUGGACGCGGAUGUGAAGGAAAAUAAGACGUAAUUUCCGUCGGUUUGUGCACUAGGUAAACAAACAUGAUGUCACAACACGGGUGCAGGAAGUAAAAAGAAUAGCGCAAUCGAUACGGGGUACAUCUGUGUUGCUGUAAAAGAAGAGAAGCAGUCCAAUCGGUUAAAUUAUCACAAAAGACAAAGUCUGUGGUGUGCGACAAACUAAACUCAGCAUAAGAAAAAUAGUGUAAAAACACUGCGGGCGAAGAGCUGCUGAUGGUGCCGCAAUUAACACAUCGCCAGCUGAAAGAACGCGAUGGUCCCAUUUUGAAAUGAAACAUUCACAGAAGGACUGAAUCGUUACGUCCCAAGAUAGAAGUGAUCAUUCCAAAACGGCAAAGUAGAAGGUUAGAAGUUUUCAAACUUUAAAGCAACGCGCAGACAGAUAGAGGACCACAAAACGCGAUGGGCAACGUGAUGAAUAAGCUGGGCAGCGUGUCGCAAUCGGUGCGUGGCCGGAAGCGUAAACGUGAAGACGAAAACACUGACGAAAGUGGUGAUGGAAGUGAUCUGCUGGAUAAAUCACUGCAAACACCGAAAAGGAAGAAGUUAGUGUCUACCGCGAAGUACAUCUAUCAGGCACUGUUUAAGGAGGAACGCAACUCGGACGUUACGGUGCACGCGCUCGGUAAACAGUGGCACCUGCACAAGGUCUAUCUCAGCCAGAGUCCGUACUUUGCAAGCAUGUUUAAUGGAUCGUGGCGCGAAGCGGACGAGGACUACGUGCAUAUAGAGAUCAUCGAUCCGAAGAUUACGGUCGUGUCGCUUUAUUCGGUGUUCGGGUCAUUGUAUAUGGAUGAGGUGGUGCUGGAUCCGAAGGAGAUUGUUUCUACCCUUGCAACGGCCACACUCUUCCAGCUGGACAGUCUCAUCGAUCGCUGUGCGGAGGUAAUGGUGGAGACAACAAAUGCGGAGACGGCCGUCCUGUACUACGAAGCAGCAUGCGAGUACGGUGUGAAGAUGGUAAAGCAGUCCACCUUUGGAUGGUUGCUGGUGAAUCUACUCAGUUUCUAUCAUCGCGCACCGAAGUGGUUGCGAUUGAUCAGCUUCGAACUGAUGGAACAACUCGUAUCCAGUGCCGAUCUGUACGUGGUACAAACGGAAUUUACCGUCUACACGUUGCUCCGUUACUGGAUGGCUUUGAAACUGUUCCCCGACGAGUCACCGUCAGACGGUGUAGAGCAUCCAAAGGAACGAUAUUUCUCCGAGCGUACCAGCGUCGUACCAUUUCUAAGUACACCCGAAGGUGUACCCUACGAACGUGUCUUCCGUGCGCUACGGCUCCAGAACCUCCUGAACCACCACGUCGAUAUUCGGGUCUUGCGGCAGGACAACAUCAUUCCGGAGGAAUGGCUUCACAAACCACUGGUGCAACAGUGGAACAGUGUACUGACGAUCGAUCAAUCGCUUGACAAGCUGAUCGAAUGUGAUGAUCGAGUCUUCCUCGAGUCGUGUAUCCGUUGCGGUCGCAUACUGAACGAAAACGUGCUGCACAAGUGGCGCUGGACCGGAUUCCACUUUGGGCUCGAUUUGCUACUCUCGUCCGAUACGCGAUCGUUACGCAUUCGCCGACACCACCGGACGGAACACGAACGUAUGCUCAGCUUACGGGUGACGCGCCAAUUUUUGGUGCGCGUUUCGCUUGCUUCGCUGAACGAGCUGCGACAAAUUAAACAUCAACAAACGACACCGAUUCUUUCGAUAUCGUUGGAGAAAAACGAAGAAACGCAGCUGGUUGUGUUCGAUCGGGAGCUAACGUUUCCGUUGCUUGUCUCGGUGAACAUGAUGCUGGUCGCACCGCCGGAAGAAGCUUUAGCAGCGAGAAAAAGUGCCGCGGUAGCGAAGGAAAAGGAUGAUCCGACAACUAAUGCACAGGUCAAUGCCAGAUCGGCUCAUCCUGCUCUUCAUGCUAGCAAUAGUACUGGCACGGUAGAAUCAUUGGAUGGAGGUAGCUCAUCGUCGAAUCGCAUGCUCGCAAACGAAUCCUGAUUGCAGGUGCUGGUGCGAUGACGCGGUAAUACCUCGAACGGUUGCUAAUCGCACUAAAGAAGGGCGUAAGUGUACUUAGGCAGUUGAUUGUUGUGAUGAUCGUGAGCACAAAAGCAGGUCCAAGUGUGCGGCACACACAGAACGUGCCAUUAGAUAGAAUCGCGCUGAUACUACGUCAGUGUUAUUCGAUGUUUCCUUUAUGAACUUUUUUGUUGUUGUUUAGGUUUUACUGUAUAAAUAUUGAAUUCUAAUCUUGCAGAAUAUGAAGUAACCAAGCAAGGCAAAAGAAUGAACUCGAAGAAUUUGUUUAUCAUGUAUAGAAUUCGAGUGAGAGAGAGAAAUGUAUGUAGAGCUUAAGCUGAAUCGCAACUAUUACUGCACAACAACUGUAGUAAGAUGGUGUCUUAUGAAAUGCGAGCUAUAGUGAAUGCGCUACCAUUUUGUAGUAGCACUACUAUUAACAGGGAGUAACCAAGAAAGAUGAAUAUCCAUACCGUUGCUCCGUCGUUCGCAGUUUAUUAACAAUCGUACAUUUCGGAACGUAUUCGAUGUUUACCCACUUCCCACUUAACAAGAGGUUUUUUCUUUUCUUAUUUUUACGGAAGAUUACUUUAGGUAAAGUAUUAAGUUAUUAAGGAUUGUUAACAACUUUCGCAGGGUCCAACAGAGAGAUGCAAAAUAGUAAAACACAUUUAACAUUGAAGGUGUGUGUUAUUAACAAGUGCAUAUACACACAUCCCAUCUAAUCAUAGUGAUUGACCAUCCCCGCAUCUAAUCACCAUAGUGAUUGACCAUAGUGAACUGUUACCGGAAAUAAACAAACGUCU